AUGCCUCUUAGUGCCGGAAAAAAACCAGGGAGCAGCGUGUUUGUGGCAUUGCACGGUGUGAGCGACGGAGCAACGCCGGACUUAUUGAGGCACUACUCUCAAACUCAGUCAAAUAUUUCUCUCGUGAACGCCGGCGACGAUGUGUUAUUGACGCCGACGUUAAAGAACUGCAGUACCUUACCCAUAUUUGGGGCCAGUGCCACACCGAUCUCCGCGCCACAACCAACGCCAUCCGGAGCAGGAGGUGAAAAGAAGGCUAACAGGCUCUUAACGGUGCGAUCACGUCACGCCAAGGUUUCCAAAAAGAACGCUUUAAUUGCCGCAACAAACUCGGCUGUAGAGGGACGUCGUGCGGCGAUAUGGGUUGAGCAAUGGGAUCGUGGAUCCCGAACUACCCGUCUUCUCAUUCUUGAGGCCUUUCUUUUGCUACAUUCUUCGAGCAAUACCAUCAGGAUGGAGAAAGAUCUGGGUGAUUCCUCUAUGCUUUUCUUUACACGUAUUACGGCUUGGCUACGGUUGACAUGUCGAUUGAACCAUCCACUGCGUCUACUUCUUGCUGCUACAUCGUUGUUUGUGCGUGGUGUGCGUUACCUAACGUGCCUCGUGGAGGUUGGCGGGGCCGAAAUGCUCAUCGACACACUUGCAACGUGCUCUCUGGUGGCGGAGGACCGCCGUGAAAUAGUUUUGCUGCUAUUAUACAUGGCAAAUGCCGGAAGGGUCUAUCGGGAAAUGUUAUGCGAUGACGAUGAAAUAGACUUGCUGUUGCAGGCGAUGCGACGCGAAAGUGAGGAUGACAUUUUGGAUCUUUUUGUCUCUCUGAUGCUUCUGUUGGGUGAAGGCAAUAACCCACGAGUGACCUCGCGUGUACAGUCUGGGAUGGUUCGGAUGAUUACCCAGAACAAUACCACAACAGCGGUGAUACUUCAGGCUGCACGCAUCUUGCGCAUCUUUCAGUCGUCGCGAGACAAAAUGUACGCGGAUACCAUUGCGCGGGAUGCGCUUGAGGACACUGGCACAGUGCCGGUGGUGGGUGUCGAGUUGAAUGCCUCACCCGAUAGUGCACGGCAAUUGCUAGAAGCUCUCUUUUUUUUGUUGUUUCACGAUGAACUGAGCCUCCGUGUGGAAGGCUCGGAGUUACUGACGAUGGUGGCAAAGAACAUUCAACUUACCGGUCCCAUUUUAACCCGCUGCUUUGAUGUGGUGGAUGAGGACCGUCUGGCGAUUGAGGCCGAGGAAAAUCUGAGCGUGGCCAUGACGUUUAGGCGGCAUCAAAUGUCGUUUGGUAGCACUGCGGUCAACAUUAUACUUCUUGAUACCGCAUGUGAGGCGCGGCAGCGGCUGAUGUUGGACAUCAUCCUCCGGCGGAGUGCCCACUUCACUCUCCUCAAGUAUCUUCAACUUCUGGAAAGUGAAUAUGCUGCCUCCAUCCUGGACUGUUGUCGGGCCUUGCAGCUUAUUUGUCGCGCGGGUCUUUUGCAGGAGCGAAAAGGCGUGGUGGAUAGCGCGGAGGCGGAGGUGACGUUGGCGAAAGCCGCCAAUCACAUCCGCGUGGUAGUGGGCGACACGCUGUACGGUGUGCUGUUGUAUGAGGACCUGACGGAGGACGAGGCCCUCUCUAUCGCCCGCGCUGUCACCUCCUCGGAACAGGCAAUGUAA